AUGACGGAGGAGUCAGAAGACAGACACACAACCUGCUGCGAAAGAGACAAUCUCGGUGAGUUCACCUUUAUCCCCUUUUUUUUAAUCGGUUAUUUACAUCCAGCUUCUGCUCCAGUGAAUCAUACACCAUCAUCUUUAUGGAUACAGGCUACAGUGCGUCUAUUGUGGGAGGUAGAUUCCUUCCAAAGUAGCGUGUUAUGUGAUAUUUUUAAGCAUUAAAUCAUCCUUUUUUAUCAUUGUUUAAUUCUUCAAAACUGUUCUCACGUUGUUUUUUUCUCCUUCUUAACAAAAGCGAAUAAGAAUUACGCAUGUCCGCAAUUUUGAUUAAUGCGAUGUAGUGCGCAGUUUCCAACGUUACCCGGAAAUCAGGGAGGUAUUUUUUUAGCUGUCAGCUGUUCUCUUAUAAAACAUGUCUGAGCGCAUUUGAGGAUCAUUUUUCCCUCUUGUUGAGCAGGGUGGGAUACAGGAGACAGGAGGAGAGGUGUGCUGGAUGCUCUCUGCUGCUGCUGCAGGAGGAUGUUGCGCACUUGAAUUUACCUCAGGAGUGAGUGGUCUGGUCUGAGCAUCCAUGCGGUAUUGCGUAGUCAUUUAAUUCAUGAGGUACAUGUUGUUAUUCUCACUCUGUCUCUAAUAAUCUAAAAUGUUUUUGCCAUUUUGUUCGUUAAAAGCAACUCUGACUUGAUUUUGAUUGAUUAGCUUGUGAUAUAAGUUGAUGAGGUGAUUGAUUUAAAGUUUUACUUAAAUGUAAACCUAGUUGAAUCUUACAUUUAUGAGGCAAAGGGUCAUAAACUGUAUUUUUAUGCAACUUUUUCAGGUUGCAUCGUGAUAUUUUGUGUCGCACCUGUCAGAGUGCCUUUCUAUUAUUGUGCUUGUUGCUGUUUUUCACUCAGACGUACUUUAUUUGCAUAUAAUCACGAAUCAGUGCGCAUUUCAUUCAAUUGUUUUCUCACAGUUACAAUUAUGUAAUUUUGUUUUUGUUCGCAGAAGUAGAAAUGCUGUUGAUUUUCCGGAAAGAUUCACUUUUUUCCCUUUUUCCCAAAGUGCGUGCGCCUGCUGUGUCAGUGCCUUGACUCAGCUCCAUCCAUCCAGAGGUUUCUAUGUCAUACGCACUUUUUAUUCCUGAUGUAAACAAACCCUCCUGAAGCAAUACUCGGAUUUAACACAGGAUGGCGUAUUUCUGCAGUCCUCCAUCUGGUGCUGAAUGAAGCAGAAAGUCAUUAGGAAUAAUAUCCCCGGAAUAAGACGGGUAUUAAACUGAAAGGUAUUGAUGCGUGUUUAAAGAGUGUGGUUGAACAGCUGUUUGUAAGUCUGAUUGGUUUUUGUUUUUUUUUCCCUCUGUGCUCAGACUUUAGAGACAAGUAGACCUGUGUCAUCCAUCUGUUGUGCUGCAGAGUCGAAUGGCCUGAUAUCCCUUGAAGUAAAACCCUCCAAAACGACCGCAGCCAUUUGACCAGUAAGCAAAAAAAUGUUUUGCAAAUGUUGGAUUGAAUGCGCUCUGGAGAAAUAAACAAAUUGAAGAAUAGAAGGGGACAACAAAGUAAAGCUUUGAAGUCCCAAUUGCUUGCCUCCCAGAUAAAUAUUUCUAUUUCUCUUGUCACACAGGAGAGCGAGGAUUACUUUCAACUCUCAGUGCAAAGGUAAGAGCCACAAAAACACACGCAGCAGCGUCCAGGAGGAACGACACAACAGUGCAGCUGCUUUCGAGUUUUAUUUAUUGUUUUAAAAAAUUCUGCAUCUGAUAGGCGAGCUGCACUUCUUUAACGGCAGGGUGCCAUUACUGUUGUGUACACAGUACACCAAAAAUAACACAAGUUUACAAUAGAGCAGAUCAAAGUGUUAUAUCUGUACAAAGGUCACAGCUCUCACACUUUGUUUACAGUGGUUGCUGAGCUGUGGGAAGCAUCUAAAUUCACCACAUAGUAUGUCUGAUAUGUCUUUUAAUAACCCUUGUGUUUUUCUCAGGGGCAGCCCAGGAUUAAGCUUAUGAGAUCCGUCUCCUCUCACACAGUGCGCGAUACUGGAACAUGCGAAGACAUCCCCCAGAGGGAGCCUGUUAGCAUUCCCCAGAGAGGUAACUGCAAAACGGGUAAUAGCAAAAACGAUUAGACUGUCAAAAUAAAGCCCUUUCGAAAAAUGUAAUACCUUUUUGUUUUGAGUAAAUGCAUGUGUAGAAGCAUAAAGGAACUCGACCUAUUGUUUCCAUUAAGGCCCAAAACAAUAUGAAUGGAGCUGACAUGGCAGCUUUCCAAGGGAGAGAUUAAGGUUUAGGAAGUGGAACAGGCAUGGCUGAUAGAUGACAUGGCUAAAAUUAACACACUGCCCACUGGAUGAAGAGCAUAAAUAGCAGACAGGAAGGACCAGCACGGCUCUUGGAUGUAUCAUUAAAGCUUUAGCAUGGCUGCUGCUGCUGCUGGGUAAACACAAACCACUGUCACAGUAAACACUGCUGCUCUCAUUAGGGGCUACAGUCUGUCAAGAAUACACUAUCUUAGAUCGGGCAUAUGGAUGCAUUAGCGCCGCUACUUUUGGCAUUCAAAACAUAGAGUCAGGGAUUUAUUAUAAUUAGUUGUAGUAGUUUGUCUUUUAUAACCCCACCAACUACCAUGGUUAGUCACAACAGCAUGUAGAAUUGACAUUCUUUUGUCAAUCAACGUAACUGCCUUUGAUUAAAUAAAAAAACAAGUUUGGUUAAAAAAGAAAGUCGCUUCCGUUGCAAGAGACCCUCUAGAUAUAAAAGACUCACGCUUAGCUACCUAAAGCGAAACAAGAUUUAUGUCUAAGUAGAGAUGUAACGAUAUGAAAAUUCACAAAUCACAAUUACUGUUACUAUAAUUAUCAUGGUUAUCAAUAUUAUCCCGGUAUUGUUGAAAUAUGUUUUUUUUUAUUUAUUUAUUUUUAUUGAACAACAAAACAGAGUGACAAAAACAACAACAACAAAAAUAAUUAAAUAAAAAAAAAAUUUACAAAAAUACUUUUGUGAGGGAGGGGAGGGGAAAAGAAUAUGUAUAUUAAAGAAUUUAAAAAAUCUUAAUUGGAUUACAUUGAAAUAUAUAUAAUAACUAUAUAUAUAUAUAUACACAUAUACACACAAAAUGUUUAAAAAGUACUUAUAAACGCCCUAAAAUCAAUUAACAAAAUUUUACUUUGGAAAAAAAUAAAAUCAAAAUAACAUGCAGAAUUAACUUUUCCUCAACCUUAAAUAACAGAGGAAAAAUAAGCUUAAAAAUUAAAGAUGGGGCCUUAAAAGAGACAGAGCUAAUCAACACUAGUAAUAACAAAGUACAACAUAAUGUGCCAGUGGCAUAAACAUGAACAUAAUAACAAAUAUUGAGCAACAAUAAUCGAUUAGUAUCACACCGUUUUUACGGUAAUAAAAUUUUGAAACAGUGGUUUUAGCCGUCAGACAUUUUACCACGGUUUAUCAUUUUACUGGCAAUCGUUACAUCCCUAUGUCUGAGUUAUUAUACACAAAUGUAAACAUACUGACAAAUAUUAUAUUCCAUCUUCACCAAGUCUGUUCUGCUCAAUGCCGCUACAAACUACAGACUGCACCUUUAACUAGUACAAGAAUGGAAUAUUAAAAUACAAAUAUUUCAUAUGAAAGACAUAAAUAAUGGUUACAGUAAAUUAAAACUCAAUUUCUCUAAUUUCAAACACUCUCUUUGUGGAGUUGAGAAGUCAUUGUUUUUGUGCUUACAUAAAUUAUCCAUGCUGUUGUAGAAGCGACUGGAUUACAGAAUGAUAUGUAAACUUGUAAAUAGUGCAUGAGUCGGUCGGUUUGUUUGAAAGUAAUACAUUUAAAAAGCUAAAUCAUUUAUACACUCCUCUUGGCAGGAGAAGUAGCACCAAACAAAGUCAAGAGCUCUACUAGAACUCCUAUUUCUAGCUGCUGCUCUAGUCCGCUUGUACAGGACGCACAUAUAGACCAAGGACAUCUUUAUCCAAGUGGAGCACAUAGAUCUCCGUCCUCAAAUCGAUACCUUCAGCAUCUACCAGUGUUCUCAGAGCAAACAUGCUUUGAUCCCUCAGAUCCCUUACAUUUGCCAUAUAGCCGGAGGGUGAAAGCUGAUUCUUUUACCGAUGCUCUCCUUUUCUCUUCUCCUGUAAGGUGAAGCUGAGGGCUGCAGAUCCCUGGGCUCUGGUGGGGGAAUUAGGACAUCACGAGCUAUGAACGCUGCAGGCAGGGAAAUUUACAGCUGUGUGAAAUGUUAGAUGGAAAUCUAGACUUGUAACUGAGGGAUAAUUGAAAAUUUAAUACUGUUCAAUAGAGGUAAUGGGUUGUGCUUUAAUAGCUCGAGUAAGCCUUUUGAAAUACGAUGUAAAACUGCAAAGUCUAGGUGGUCAGCCGGGCUGCAUUGCAGCAUGAAAAAUAUAGUCGAAACGCAGUCAUCGUACAGUUCUGGCCAAAAGUUGUCGUCGUCUGAAUAAACGUUGUCCCCAGUGGAAGUAUUCUUCCAAGUUUUUAAAGCGUAUGAAUAAUUUAUUAAGGCACUUGUUGAAUGUGCACACUGUCACAUAUCUCUGUAAUAAAUAGGUGCAGCAGUGGUGGGCUGACAAACACAAAAACUUUGUUUACCUUUUUGUUUAGCCGAAACAAAGCAGUUAUUUCAGCUUAGCAUAUAAAAGGGACUCUGUGCUUCAGAAAUGCAGACGGACCUAAUAAGCACAGCCUUGUUGAGAACAGACGAGCUCAUAAAAGAGACACAGCCCAGCUUGUUCCGCUUUGUGCCUGCUGGACAUUGUCUGCAGCGUUAGCAGCGGUAUACAAAAACACAAAUGAGCUAAUUUUACUUGAUAAUUCAUCUUGAUUUAUAAUCUACAAACAAAAGGGACUCAAAUAUUAGCCCAAUAAUUCCCUCUUGGCUAGUAACGGCCCGUAUUUUUGAGACUGUUCUUGAUUUAAAGCCUGUGCCUUAAAUAUCCGAGUGAAAUUGUUCCUGUUUUUAUUAAUAUAUCCUCAAAGCCCCUCUGUCCCUCUCCUCUCUCCUUUCACUUUCGCAGCGUCUGCCGCCUUACCCCUGAGAUGGCGACUGCAGCAAUCACACGGCUGUGGUGCCGAACAGGUCAGCCAAAGUGCCUCGUCUAGUUUGACAUUUGUUUUGACUGAAAUUUAUGACAGGAGUCAGAAGCGAUCUAUCAGCGCUUGUUGAUUGUGAGGGCCGUAUGCUUUGGUUUUGCACUCUAAGAAGACUUCUCUCUUUUUUUUUAUCUCCCCUCAGCUCUAUUGUCUGAAUUACAUAACGAAUGAAGAAUCAUCUGAUCAAGGUAUGUGAACAAUCAGAUAAAUCUACAAAGAGCUAAAUUCUUAAAAUAAACCGGGCCGGCUUUUGACUGAACCAAAACAGACUAUUUAUAUGACAGAGACGCACAGUGUUUUUUAAAGGGACAGCUACAUCCCUGGGGUUAACACACUCGCAAAAAUAUUACACUAAUUUAAAGGAACACUGCUUAGUUUUUUAGUCUAAAUCUGGAUACGAGUUUGAUUCAAAACAGAGCUGAGUUGUGGUCGGAAGGACCCAGGACUGAAAAAGGAAGUGUGCAUGUGGUCAGCCUAAUCUUGAUAACCUGCCAGAGUGUGGUUUUAAUGGUCGGUCAUGUCUUAUUUUAAUGUCCUUUAUGGCAUUUCCUUUAUUCAGGAGGCUAAAAACUGGUAGCACCGACACCAAACAUGAAUCAUUUUUGCACAUAGAAUUCGUGAAUAAAAACACUUUGAGAGAAAAAUCCCUCUAUAAAGUAUUUCUCCUUUUUAUGUCGAUUUUUAGUAAAGUGAAAACCCUUUUUUAGUCCGUAUUUAAAAAGCAAAAAGACCAUCUUAGCGCUUAUGCAACUGAUACACGAGCUGGUGAUGUGCCUUUAAAACCAGUGGGUUGUCAGGUGAUCGAGGAGACUCAGUCCGCUCAGCCUCACAGACGGAGGAGCCAGAGUGCGUCUCUAGCAGAGAGCAGAGAGGAGGGCAGCCGGCAGAGAGAGAAACACAGAGAAAGAGAGACCCAAUUAUAAGGGGACACGGGGGGAAAUGGGGACACAGCGGCGUCACAGAGUGGGGGACAGGGAGCCGUGGUGGUAGGGUCCCUUUAACUGCAGUCUGCUCAUGCUCACUUGCCCUGUGUGGCAGCUAGCAAGUGUGUUUGUGGCUCAGCUUGAUCAAGAAGUUGCGUUGUGUAGCCACAACAGUGGUAUAAAAGCACAGAGAAUUAAGUGCUGCGUCACACUGGGGAAGAGGGAUAGCGUGAUCAUGCGCGCAUGUGCACAACUGUGCGUGCGCGUGCACGGGGAUCUGCUCUGUCUCUGUGUAUAUGUGUUAGAUCGAAGUAGCAGUCUUAAUAGCAGUUCUGCUGUUGCAACAAGAUGAAAAUAAAGAGUGCGUGUGUUUUUUAGAGGCAAGCAGAAAGAGGGAGAGGGAAAGAGAAAGAGAGAGGGAGAUACAGAGAGGGAGGGAGAGCAAGUCAGAGAGUGAGGGAGAGAGAUUUUGGAUUAGUUGCUACGUCACUUUUUCAUGUCAGGAGAAACAGAAGCCGAGAUAACAGAAGCCCAGAGUCAUCGAGUUUUCCACCUGAAGUGGACACAAUGGUUUCGGACAACCUCGAACCUCGCUUUCUCCUCCUCUUCCUCUUCCUCCUUGGUAGUUUUGAUCUGCUCUGCCUGUCGCUAUUAUAUAUCUGUGUGCGCGAGUGUGUGUGUGAGAGUGUGUGCGUCUGCUCGUGGUGUGUAGUUCCUGUGAGCUGAUAUUGGGAGUUUCAACAUGGAUGCUGGAGAUGUAACAGUUUCUCUAGGUGGUGUUUUGAUAGCAUGGUAAGGUGCGUGCGUGUGUCGGGUGGGCAGAGGUGCGACAAAGGGGUUAACAGAGGAAUAUUCUGCAGGCUUGUUAAUAUCACAUCGAAGCUCUCGUCAGGAAUGUUUUUUCAGAGAAUUAUCGAGGAAUUUGACCAUCGCUUUCUGCCACCUUAAGGAGGAUGGGCGGCCACGUUUGUGCAGAUCGGUGAAGACAGUCAUGUGUGGUGCAGGCCGACCUGUGAUGAAACAGCAUUAUACCCUAAAUGUGCCAUCAUAUAGAAGACGCAGCCAGGGAGGGGGGCGGGUACGGCAGCUUCCAAAAAUGACAGACCGAGUUUGUUGUUCAGUCCGGGGACGAGUGGAAUAUUUGUACGCACCUACAUAUGUACAUCCAUGUGUCUGCGUUCGGACUGUUGGCGGCCGGCCUACUUGUUGUGGUUAACUCCUGAUGGAGUUAAAGGGGAGGGCCAGCAUGGAGAGAGACUGGUCAGCAUCCAGCUGUAUGUUGCUGUCAGACAACAAAUGAGUUCAGUGUCUACGGCCGGCGGCACUCGAGUCAUGUGAUUUGUUUUCAUCCUCCAGGGCUGCUGGGAUUUGGCAAAACUCUUCCCAAGAUACAUUUGUUUCUGCGUAGUUAGGAGGGACAGAUAGGGUGACGCAGACACUUCUGGGCUGGACUUCUCUUCAAACCAGUACACAGCUCGAGCCUCUCUCUAUCUGUUUAUUUCUCCUUCUCUCUCUUUCUCUCUCUCUUUCUCUCUCAGUUGGAGAAAAGGAGCAGGAAGGGGGUAAAUGCCGUGGCUCGGGAUCAGAGCGACAGAGAAAAGGAUGAGAGGGGGAACCGAGUGAGAGAAAGACGGAGAAGUUGUUUACCUUGCUCUCUUGGUGACUCUUCCUUUGGCUCCUCUCCAGUUCUCAUGCACUGGACUUCCUAAAGCUGCUGCAUCAGAGGCCAUUGUGCCAAAGCUGGCUUCUCAUUGGCUGGGUGGAGCUCCCCAGGCUCCUCAAGCCGCACAGCAGCUCUUUAUUGGCUUAGUACGAGCGAGCAGCUGGAGUUCAACAUCUGAUUGGUUUAGAAGCGUCGGUCUCUGA